AUGGGGAGCAUACAGACACCGGUGAAUACUGUCACCUCAAUCCCAUUGAAGACUGGUUGGGACGAGGGGGCUUUUACUUCGGAGCUGCUGAAACAGUCAAUCGUCCCAAGAGAUAUCUCUGCUGCCGACACCAACAAGAAGAUUACCCCUCCAAAAGAUGUUGGGAAGCCUCCUCCACUCCAGGCUGGGACGUAUCGAGGUACCAAGUUGGCUCUGACCCAAAUGAUGAAGCGAAUUGAGACAAGAUUCGAAUCCUUUUUUGACGUAGCUGGGUUUGAAACUAGCGUCCCACUGGGCCUCGCUGUCAAGCCAACGGAGCUCUACACGUUUCAGAAGCCAGGGAGUGACAAUUACCCGCCGCAUCUCGACAUCAUCCCCAAGGUGGACCAAGUCAACUUGCUCAACAUCUUCGACUUCAUGAGGCUCCUCGAUACCGGCACCCUCGUCGGUACUCUUAUUCCGGACACCAUCCUUGACUUUAUCCACGACCAUCCAGAGGGUCCAACGGUUGAUGCCAUCGAAGCACGCAAUAAUGAGCUCCACAAGAACAAGGAGGACAUUUUUGAUGAGGAGAACAUUGGCAAUCGCUCCGACUGGUGGACCGAUGCCGUCUUUGCCCAACAGCAAUUUGUUGGCACAAACCCAACCACCAUCCAAAAGGCCUCGCCUGAAUGGCUCAAGGGUUUUACCGAUCUCGCCCAGUCAAACACUGAAAUGCAUAGUCUUUUGUCUGAUGGGAACCCUGACUCCUUCUACAUCCAGGACUGCAGUUAUUUCCGAGACGCUGUCGGGGCAGGUCAACACGCAGACUUGAUUUCAAAUGAUGGGAUGAGACGUCUGUGCGCUUCGGUGACUCUCUUUCAACUCACAGACGCAGGGAUCCUCCACCCACUGGCAAUAGCUGUUGAUUACAAGGGUAGCCUUGCGGACUCGGUGGUCAUCUUCAACAAGAGGUCCAGCCCAUCCAGCCCAGAAUCGAAAGACGAUUGGCCGUGGCGGUACGCAAAGACAUGCGCUCAGGUCUCUGACUGGCUCAGACAUGAAGUCACAGUGCACUUGGUCGAUACUCACCUGGUGGAGGAAGUUACCAUCGUGGCAGCUCAUCGAGCCUUCUCGAUAGAUCAUCCGGUGUAUCGUCUCCUUCAGCCUCAUUGGCUCAAGACCUUGUCAGUCAACGCGGCGGCUCGGGCUACCCUCGUUCCGAACAUUAUCACCAAGAUAGUGGGAGUCACGGACCCUCAACUCUAUUCAUUUGUCAAAGAUGCGUACCGGCGCUUCGAUUGGACCGGACGAUAUGUGCCGAAUGACCUGACGACAAGAGGCUUCCCUCCCAGUGAACUGGCUAGCAACCCGAAGUUCCAUAACUAUGCAUAUGCGCGAAACAUGAAUCUCAUGUGGCAGAUCCUCCGCAAAUUUGUUUCAGCUGUUCUCGCCAUCGACUUCCAUUCCGACGAGCAGGUUGAGCAGGAUGAGGAGAUUGGCAACUGGACCAAGGAGAUGCAGGCCGACGAUGGAGGACAGAUGAAGUCGUUCCCACAGAUCAAAACUAUCGACAGCCUGGUUGAUGCUGUCACAAUGUGCAUCCAUAUCGCCUCGCCGCAGCAUACCGCCAUCAACUAUCUCCAAAGUUAUUACCAGACGUUCGUUAUCAGCAAGCCUUCGGCUCUAUUCUCACCGCUGCCGACCACCCUCGAUGCACUCAAGACAUACAAGGAGGAAGACUUACUUGCUGCGUAUCCGAUCAAGCACGCACGUGAAUGGCUUCUGGCAUCUCACAUCCCCUAUCUCCUCAGCUACAGAGUGGCGGAAGAACAGAACAUGCUCAAUUUUGCCCUUUCCACAGCCAAGCUUGCUUCGUUGAACAAGCAGACUCAACUUGCUGCCGCAGCGGCGCAGCUAUAUGCUGAUUUGAUGGAUCUGGCUGGAGUCUUCCAGCAGAACAGCAAAGAUAUGGAUGAUCAGACGAAGCCCUAUGAUGUGAUGGACCCCGAAGCUACGGCAGUCUCGAUCUUGUUGUGA